GAUAAUUUUACUGAAGACGAUGUUUGGGCUGAGGAUGUUUUUGCUAAAGAUAUUCAUAGAGAUGUCUUUGUUAAAGGUAUCCAUAAAGAUGUUUUCGAUAAAGAUAUAUUUGCUAGAAACAGUUGA